AUGGAGGAUAAGGUGCUACCCGAGUGGUAUAGUAAAGAAGAUAACGGUGAGUACCUCUCGCUCUUCCUCGAGCUGGUCCGCGAAUCCACUUCCAACAAUGUCAGGGCCAUUUUUGACGCCUUCUUGGUGGAAAAAGACGACGAGCCAUCUUCCACCCACGCAGACAGGGGCGUGCAUGUUCACCCAACCAAUGGCUAUACCGCAUGGGGAUGGCCACAGUUCGUGAAGCGAAGCGAUCUCGAGUCGUCGUCGUCGUCGUACGUGGUGGAUGGCAAGGUCAGAAUCAUGUGUGUGGUCAUCGUCAUACGAGACAACACCGUGCCCGUGCCACCGUCUGACAUUGGUGCCCAUCUCGGUGGCCUGCUGGACCGCGGGGAAGGGACGGAUGUCUCCUUCCUCGUCGACGGCGAGACGUUCCCGGCUCACCGUGCCGUGCUCGCCGCCCGCUCGCCGGUGUUCCGUGCCGAGCUCCUUGGUUCCAUGGCGGAGUCCAAGAUGUCCUCCAUCACUUUACACGACAUCGAGCCUUUGACGUUCAGAGCUCUACUUCGGUUCAUCUACACCGACAAGUUGCCUGCCGACGACGGCGGUGAUCAGCUCAAGAUGGCAGCAAUGGCGACCGAUGAGCUAUUCCAGAAAUUGCUUGCAGCUGCUGAUAGGUAUGAUUUGAGCAGGUUAAAGUUGAUGUGUGCGCAGAAGCUAUGGGAGGCAGUGUCAGUGGACACGGUUGCGACGACAUUGAUCCACGCUGAGAUGCAUGGUUGCCCAGAGCUGAAGAGUAGCUGUCUUGACUUCUUCGUGCAGGACAAGAACUUCAAGGAGACCGUGCUAACUGAGGGCUAUGUGCAAUUGGUGCAGCGUUUUCCCUCGAUUAAGGAUGAGAUCAGAGGUUUGCUGAGAGCUAAAUCAAUGUAA